AUGCACAGCAGCUCCUUCCCUGGGAUUUCCCAUCCCCUAUCACCCUCUCCACAGGAUUUGAGUCAACCCAACUACGAGUCGUUUACUCUGAUAGAUUUGAUGCAAAAUGAAGGCGAAUAUGAUGAAGAGGCUCCCACCGGCGCCGAUGCUAGCACUCCCGGUGAUACUCAAUCCAACCAAGCAGUCAAGGUGGGAAAUGCAGAUCCUUCAGUAUCAUCAACGUCUAAAACGGAUGACGAAUCGACCAUUAAGGACCCAAACAGCAUGGAUGAUAUUGAAGCCUUGUAUGUUGAAUUAAAUACGUCCAAACCCUCCAUUGAGAAAGACCUCCCUGUGGGGUUCAGGACAACCCCGAGGGUGAAUCGCGAAAAAGGGUUUCGACGGGCUGAUAUCGACAGCUUCGUGCGAGAUGCAGUUAUAACACCACUUCAAAGGGGAAAUGAGAAUCCGCAUCGCACGCAGGGGCAAAAUGCGGCGUCAGACUCCGAUAAUACUACUGAAAAAAGGAAAAAGACAACGGCGCUUCCGGUGCCAAAAACUACACCCGAUUUCUCUGUUUAUAAGGUACAUAUCGCAGAUCGCUUCGGGAUGCCAGCAGAGCUCCCAAAAGGUUCCGCGCGAACUUUAGAAGAGUUAUUGGAGAUGAGCCCUGACAUUCUACGUGGGCAGCUGCAAGACUGGAUUCAACAAAAGAACUGGCGAGAUCUUUCCCCCGUUCAGCAGGCGGCUAUACCUUUUAUCUUAGAAUUUCGUGAUAUGCUUUGUAUCGCACCGACGGCAACAGGGAAGACCUUCAGUUAUGUGUUUCCCACGAUGAUGAGGCUGCUCAUGGACGACAUGGCGGGGCGUCGCUCCGGCAGCUCGCUGUCUGGUUUGCAGGAUGGCGAACAGCGCGCCGCCUCGGAUCUCAAUCGUCGCGAUAUUGAGGCUCUUCUGCAAGAAAAGAUCCACAGCGGUGAAGUUUGCCGUUACUGCGAGCUGAGCGUGAGAGAGAAUCCGCUCUGCUCUAUGACGGGUUUGCCGCACCCACCGCCAAUUGGUGACGCCUAUAUGCCGCUCAACGUCAAAACGCGACGUCCGUCUCGUCUUGAGGAGCUCAGCGGAGUAGGGGAACCUCGAGUGUUGGUUCUGGUACCUACCUCACAGCUUGCAUUUCAGGCUUAUGGAGUAUUCCGCCACCUACAUUGCGACUAUAAUAUUCGCUAUAUGGUCCGCGCGACGAACGCUGAUGAGCAAAAGAAGUUUCUUCACGCCUUGGAGGGGGUGGACGUGCUGAUUAGCUCGCCAGAAACUAUCCUACCCGCGCUUUACAAGCAAAAACUUUCUUUGAGGCGUGUCAAGACCCUUAUUAUAGAUGAAGUUAGCGAUAUUGUCUCUUUGAAUCACUUUGAACCACUCAAAAUAAUACUCAGCGCGCUUCCAAAGCGUUAUGAUCGGCCUCAGCGCCUGCUAUUCGGUGCGACACUUCCACCAGUAGCAUAUCAGAUGAUUCGUGAGAAAAUGUUGCAGCCUUCCCACCGCUUUGUUCUGGGGGAUGUACGCUACGACUCCCGUGGGCAUCCGAUUACUGCCACCCCUAACCAACACCACGCUGAGGAUGCACGCACGCUUCUCUGUGGUAACGCGUCUGUCAAGCAUGUCAUUUUCAUGCUCGGGCGGGUUGAAAAGCUUGAGAAACUGGCCUGGCUCUACCAAUCUGGCAAACUUAGUCCGGACCAGCGGGUGUUGAUCUUUUGCAACUCUCGGAAUAACGUCGCUUACGUGCACGAUCGCCUGGAGGCGUUAGUUCCAGGCAUCCACUGCACCACGUUAACCUCACGGGCCUCCACCACCGCGCGGGAAGGCGUACUUAAAAUGUUCACCUCAGGUGUCUCCACAUGCCUCAUCUGCACCGAUCUUCUUAGCCGCGGCGUCGAUUUCAGAGGUGUGGUGUACGUCGUGCACUACGACAUGCCGAACGACAUGGAAACGUGGGUGCACCGCAAUGGGCGCUGCGGGCGGCAUGGCUUGCCGGGCUAUGUCUACACUUUUUUCCAACCCGAGAACAUUCGGCUCGCGAAGCCGCUCGUUGCCUUUCUACGUCAACAUGAACAGAUAAUUCCACCAAAGUUACAGGAAUACGCACGGCAGUCAUUUGUUGAUCUCUUCAAAAAUUCCCUCUUCCAUCAUCCAACGAGGCCUUACCGGCGAAAUGAUCCACAAAACACCACGCCGGUUCUCAGUCGCGGCGCCCCUCGUUUCCCGGACUACCGGCAACAGAGCAUACAGAGGCAUGUUAGGCCGUUGUGA